AUGAAUAAACCAGAACUUCGCAUUAACGUUGUUAUUGUUGGUGCUUCUACAGUCGGUAAAACAAGUCUUGCAAAUCAGUUGGUUAAUAGUUGUUUUGAUGAACAUUAUGAAACAACACAUGGAAUGGAUAUCUUUUCAUAUAAAAUGGAACUUGAUAACUGUGUUGUUAGUUUGACUUUAAGAGAUACCUGUGGACAAGAGCAAUACCGUUCCUUAGCCGCUCAAUACUAUAGAGAAACUCAUGGUGCGUUGGUGGUAUAUGAUAUAUCAAACAGAGAUUCAUUUGAGUAUCUUCAAGACUGGGUAAAUGAUGUAUCAAAUUAUUGUCCUCAAGGAGUAAAAAUUGUUGUAGUUGGAAAUAAAGUUGAUUUGGCUGAUGAAGACC